UUGAACUUGUGUUUGUGAAGUUCUUUCUUUGACUCUGAAAACAGAACAUGUGCUAUAUAAUGGAUACAAGUGAUAACUAGACACCUGCUACAAAUGUCUCCUCCUUUCACACAUAAAAUUGCUCAAUGUUUGGGUAUCAGUGGUCUUGUUAGUUUACACAGGGUGUCUAUAAUGAUCAAAGCUAUGUUUUGAGAUACUGUCAAACUGGAAGCUAGUGUUAUACAAAUGUUGGUACAUGUUUCAUAGUACAUAAGUUGGAUUGAUGAACAAAGUUUUGUCAUUCUCACUGCUCCAGAACACAAUGAGUCCUUAUAAAUUAUAUUAGUGUUCUUAUAAAGGGAGCUCCAAAUAGAUCCUUAUGCACUUUUUGAUAUCCUAGCACAAACUAUCUAGAUACAGCCUGUGAAUCAGAAAGAAGGUUCUCGUCAGACACAAAAUGGUAUCUAGAUAAAACUUUCAUGUGAUACUGGAAAUUAUUUAAGGUCCUUUAAACAUGUGCACAGGGACAUUUUUUAUGUUUUUCUUUUUCACUCUCACAAUCCCUUUGGAGAUACACAUUUAAUGUAUUAGUAACAAUGUGACAAAGUAGACAUCUUCAAUAAUGACAAAUUUUUAUAUAUUUUAAAAAUAUAUUUUGUUCCCUGUGCCCUGGACUACUUGCUGCCUGACCUGACCUGCACUUGGGGGUUGGAGGUGAGUUGGCACAGAGUCAACUUCCAGGAACAGAUAUGACUAUGUGGCUGCCUUUGGAGGAAAAGGAACAGGAAAAAUCAUGCACCCAGAAGGACAGAUGCCUGUGACGGAGGCCGACAACAUAGACCCAGGGCUAGUCAAUGUCAGUAGGCUGCCUAUGGGGAUUUCAAGGUCAAUCUUCCAGGCAAGUCCUCUGUACCAGAGCAAUAAGCAUCCAUCCCCUUCUCAAGUUUCUCAGUUUCAAGGAUUUCAACAGCUUAACAAAAUCACACCAACCCAUUCAUCUACAGACAUAAAAGCCUUUAACUUUCAAUUAUCUAGUAUGAGUAAUGAUAGCCAACAAGAGAAAAUUGGAAACCCCCAACCAAAUAUCUCAAACUCUCGCCCACCAUUCAAUUGCCUGCAAUCAAUUCAAGACAAAACGACAGUAAGUAGAUCUGGGAUGUCUGUUCAGAUGACUCCAGAGAGAAUGACAGAAGCAGAAGAGAAAUCCAGCAACACAUGGAAGAACAUUAGAAAAUCAUAUGUACAGAAAAAAGUAUCAGCUCAAAAAGUGCCUCAUUUUGUUCCUGAUCAAGCACCUGAGAGGAAAAAAACAAGCCCCCUCAAUCCUGCAUAUGCCAUCCGAAAGUCACGUAUGAUUAAUGGUAUCCAUAUGCGGUCAUUUAGGGAUAGGGUGAUUCACCUACUGGCACUGAAAGACUACAAGAAAUCAGAACUUCUUGUUCAAUUGCAAAAAGAUGGUAUCAAAAUAAAUGACUCCAAUUUUCUUGGAAAAAUUCUGCUGCAGGUGGCUAAUCUGAAUGCCACUACUUUGUCGUAUACUUUAAAGGACAGUAUCUUCAAAGAGGUCCAGAGAGAUUGGCCUGGUUAUAAUAAGGAAGACAAGCAGUCACUGGAUUUGGUACUUUCCAGAAAACUGCAUCCAUUUCACAAUGCUACCGAGGUCACCCAUAGCAAAGAAACAUCUGUAAUUUCUAAAACAGAUGAUACAUCAUCCUCAAAGGAUCAUUUUCUUCAUUUAUCUGAUAUUGAUACUUUAAUUAAAAACAAAGGAGGACUCUGUUCCCCUAAAUCUGCUGUGCAGUUAGCAUCAAACGGCUAUGUAAGCAGUGAGAAGUCUAUGAUUCUGCCAUGCUCUGCAGCUCCUACCAAAUAUGUUACUUUACCACUGCCUAACUCUCACCUGCCAAUUUCGAAUUCACCACUGCUCAUCAAAUCCAAUAGUAAUAUUUCCUGUGCUCCAGAAAGAUCUGAGAGUCAAUACACAUGUGACAGCAUCCACCAUGAUGGCAGCACAAUUGAAAGAGAGAUGAAUAAAUGCACAUCUUCAGAAACCUCAUCCUGUGCUUCUGUUCAAAAAAAGCAUUCAAUGCCGAAUGAAAUGCAACAUUUUAUGCCCGAGAAGUUCAAAUGUGCAUUUGCAAAGCGCAAAACAACCAUCCCAAAUUACAUUACCAGCAUGAAGGAAAUACCGAAGAUUGAUUUUAACAAACAAGACGAAAUUAUGGAGUCAAAUUCCAACAAAGAAGUUAAAAAAGCUUUUGCUGAUUCUGGAAAGUUUGUUACUACAUGUGGGACUCCAGAGUAUUUGUCUAAUUAUUCCAUAAUAGUUUCCUCUGACCAACGUCAGUAUUAUGAGGAUGAAUUCCGGGCAGAUUACAGUGAAUAUCAGGCCAUGUAUGAUAAGAUACAGAUUUCAUGUACACCAAUCAUUGACCUAGAUUCAGAAAGGAAGGGAUUUUCCCCAGGAUCAAAAGAAUACCAAGAUAUUACUAAAAAAAUCUCAAUAGAAUAUCAGAAAAUGCGACAACUUAAUCCUAAAUUUUGUGAAGAAAAAAAUAAAUGUGUGUUUCUUUACAACAAGCUGAUUCACAUUAAAAAAUUAAUAAAUGAUUUUGACAAUCAAAAAGUAAAAUCAACACAAUAAUAGAGGGUUUAGACAAGAAUAAAUAUUGUUUACUGAAAUUACAAAUAACUUGCUCCAAGUUUCUAAAGGUAUGGCAUUUGCCAUUUUUGUUAAAUCCUUGGAACAGUAUGUAAUUUGUCUUUAUAUUCGUUUUGUGCUUCCCUACAAUAUUGAAGUUGCAUUAUAUGGUUCUUAAACCACCAAUAUUUGUGUGUCUGCUACAUAUCCCAUAAUAUUGUGAACCCAAUGUCUAUGAAAUAAAGUUCUACACAUAUGAAAAUAAAAUGAGCAAGUUGAAAUA